UCUCUCUCUCUCUCCUCAUUGGAUGAGAUCAGAUCUGAUCUUAGGAAAUUGGGUAAAGAUACACUUUUACCAGUAAUGCGGUGCUUUUACUAGUUACCCCAAAAAGCCAAAAAGAUGCACUUUUACUGAUCUGAUCCUUGAACUAAUGCAACUCCCCAACCUUUGACGGAAGAAACCCUUAACAAAAACUCUCUUCCGUCUACUCCUUCCUCUCCGUUCCUCCACAAUCGGCGAAUCCUAAGAGAAAGGAGCCUGCUUUCCUUCUUCCAGGCACUGUUGUAACCUGUUUGGGUAAAGGUUGGUUGGAUUAUCUUAAGGUUGAUAGAUUCCAAAAUUGUGAGGGACAGAUUGCUUGUUCUUAGAAGAAGAUACCAUGUUGAGACAGGUCCCCAGUCGGAACCAGAGAACCAAAGGGUUGAGGGUGAAACAUGUUCUUCAGAUAUCUUUGUUGCUUGCUAUCUCUGUCUGGUUGCUUUACCAAAUUAUGCACUCUCAUGACAAGAAGAGUACAUAUGUGGAGAGGAACUCGAAGAGUUCACUGAAGCUAGAUGAGAGCCAGACCAAGAUUUUCAAAUUUGGCAGGAAGGACCUUCCUCGCACUGUGGAGACAGAUUCAGUAACUGUGUCUAGAAUCAAGGAAAAAGAGAAUAAAGAAGUUGGGGAUGUAGAACAAGAAAACAAGCAUGAAGAAACUGAGGAUGGAGGAGGAGGAGGUGGGAAUGACGAGAUCGACGAACAAGAUCAAGAGAAAGUGGAGGAGGAAGCUAAUCAUGGAAAAGAAAUUGAUGAUGAAGAAGACAAGAAUGAAGAUAAGAAUGGUCAAGUUGAGGAAUUGGACUUGUUGAGAGACCGAGAACACGAAGAGGUAUCUCAUGAGGCUCGCGUGAACAGCUUUAAAGGUGAUGAUGCAUCCAACACUGUAGUUCAUUAUACCCAAGUGAAAGAACAGGAAGAAAGAUCCCGUGAGGCACAGGAAAUGAGUUUCAAAGGUGAUGAUGCAUCCAGUGCUGUAGGUCAUGAUGCACAAGUGACAGAACAUGAAGUGGGAUCUUAUGAGAAGAGAGAAAAAAGCUUUCAAGAUGAUGAUGCAUCGAGUGCUGUAGAACACGAUAUCCAAGUGACAGAAUCCAAAUCUGAAAAUGGAGGUUCCGGGGGUGUGGAUGAGAAGCAAUUAGGAAAAAUGGAAAGGAAAGAAAUAGAGAAUGAAACUACCAAUGGAACAAUAGGUGGUUUCAAAGGUAAUGAUUCAAGUGCCGCUGGAUCGGAUAUUUCCAACACUCGUGUUUCAAUUGUCAUCCAUGAAGAUAGUGAGACCACACCAAAUAAUUACCUAACCAGAAAUGGAAAUGCUGUUGAGAAAAGAGAAUCAGAUGUUGGAGCUUAUCGUAAAUUGGAGGAUGGGUCUUCCUCCAAUUCAACAACAGCAGGGAAGUCUAACAACCACACAGAACAGCAGGCUGAUUUACCUACGGUGAAUGCGAUUGGCGAUCAAACUGAACCGCACAUGAACUCAAGGAAAAAUGAAAUGGAACUACAGACAACUUCUUCGACUAUGUUUAGCCACAAAAGGGAACCACAGAUGAAUUCAACAAGUGCUUCUGACCAAUCAGAAUCUGAGAUCAAAAUGAUGGUGAUUGAGACAGUAACUAGUGGUGUACCUCAGCAGAAUGAAUCUGCCGCUUUGGAAUCAGUUCAAGAUCAACAUGCUACAGUCGAGAUGGUUACUCCUAGUGAAAAUAAGUCCAACUUAGAGAAUAUCGUGAUGGAGCAAACUGAGAGUUCCAAUACAACUGCGAGACCGGAGGAGUCAGGAGGGAGCUCUACCGCAUCUUCAGCCAAAAAUGAGAAUGGAGAAACAGUUUCUACUGAAUCAGGCAAUUCUUCUCAUUAAGUGGCUGCACAUACAGAUCAGUCCACCUUACAGAACAUCAAGACAAAAGCAGAGAGUGGCGGGGAGGAAGCUGCAGAAUGAUAAUCUGUUUGGAAACAUGGGAUCAAUUCCUAACUCUGAAGUAGGCGGCAGGGCCUAGUAAUAGUCAUAUGUUCUCUUCAUUUGCUUCAAUGAAUGAUCAAGGCAAUUUGUUUUGUGUUUUACUCGAAUAACUUUGCCUAACACCGUUAUGAGUUCCAGUCCUAAUAUUUUUGGAGGGAUAUAGAAACAGCAUCUAUCUUUCAUGCCUGUUCGUUUCUUCUAAACAUAUCUGUGAUUUGAUCAUACGGUCUUUUACGGAAA